GAUGAGGAUUUCUGGUAUGCAUCAGAGGGUGAGGAGGAGUGCAGCAGCGGUGGAAGUGAGUCAGAGGAAGACGAGGAGUAGCAGGUGGACCACCAGCAGCAGCAGCAGCAGCAGCAGCAGCAGCAGCAGCAGCAGCAGCAGCAGCAGCAGCAGCAGCAGCAGCAGCAGCAGCAGCAGCAGCAGCAGCAGCAGCAGCAGCAGCAGCAGCAGCAGCAGCAGCAGCAGCAGCAGCAGCAGCAGCAGCAGCAGGAGCAGCGUCAGACGCAACAACACCAACACCGGCAGCAGCAGCGGCAGCACAUGGAGCAGUUGGGUGCAGCAGGAAGAGCAGUAAGAGUUCUAGCAGCAAGAGUGGCUGG